CAUUCAUAAAUCGUCAUGGAAACUAAAACUAUUUGGACGUUUUGUGCCUGGUUCCAAAAAAGUCGGAAGCAAUCAGUGGAAGAUGUCUGAGCCAAGCAGUGAAAACGCAGGUGAUUUGUUGCUCACUAUUGUGGAAUCCGGUCACAUGCUGGUGUCCCUAGGCCAGGAACUUUUGGAUGGCUUUUCCUUGCUUGACGCUCCAAGCUUCCUCAAAGCUCAGCAACAUUCAGAUACUCUGUUUUUACGUCUUACUGUUAAGGGCGAGAGUCGUCUGGUGAGGAUGCAGUUUGAUGGCAGCAGCAAGGCUGAGGCCCUGGAGGAGUGUGGCAGUGCAGUUCUCCGACUGAAGGAGUACCUGCCGGUCACCACAAAGAGGGGCCUAGCACCAGCCCAACCCCCACCCAGUCAACCCACCACCCAGGCCGCCACACUGGACCUACAGGCUGUGAAAACUGGACCUGAGAUUGUCCAGGGCUCCUUAUCCAUCGCACGCCUUACACAGCACUUCCUGGGCGAGCAUGCUCUCUCCUUGCCUCUGAUGUACCGCCACAGUACUCUGCGUCCUGGGGAGCUGGAGCCUUUCCUUCGCCUGUGUCUGUUGGACCCCAGUUUCCCUGCCUGGGUAGAGGAGGUGGAAGGGGAGCUGACGAGGGCGCUUCAGGACUGAGGGGCUGAAGCUCAGCUUUACAGAAUCCACAUUGAGAGAGGUCAAUGCAGUACACACGCUACACAUGUGGGCCAAGUUGGCUUCUGGGAGAGUUGGGGGUUGGGUUGUUGUACAUGCUGGCGAUUGUGUAAUGUGUGCUCCAACAUGAGGUCAUCGUUCUGCCUUUAAACCGGCACAGUUGUUCAAU